AUGGCGGUAGAAGGAAGGAAAAGGAGAAAGAAACGAAAGGAUUCGACUUGUAGUAUCAAACCACCCUUAGAUUUCAUUGAAAGUCCUCUAGAUGGACAAAAGUUUUAUUGCACUCCUGUUCAAGCUGCAAGGAGACCAUUUCUGGCGGCAUCUAUGCCCGUUGAUGACCAAGUAUCAAUGAAAUGGGUAUCCCCUCAAUUCCCUGAUAGAAUUGAAAAUGAAGAGGAACUUUUAGCUCUAUUAAAACCAAACAAAAAGUCUCGAGGAAGGAAGAAAGGAAAGGAAAAUUCCCAGGCAACUGAGCAACUGGCUUCAAAUGGACAUCUGUUGGGUGAAUUGGAUUUUGGAUGUAAGAAUGUGAGAAACAUGGAUACAAAUGAGAAAAGCAAGUUUCCUUGUAGAAGAUCUCAAAGACUUAGGAAACUUAAAAAAACUCAUUGCUUGUUUCAAGAACCACAAGUUAUGACUCCUGUAAAUAGGCAAGGAGUUGUUAUUCUUGCAUAUGAAACACCAGAUCAAGAACUUUUAACAGCAGUUGAAAGGAAACACUCGUCAACAAAAAGAGGAAGAUGAUGAGAAGCCUACCAUUAUUAUAAACAUUUUUCUUCAAUGAAUAAUACUCAGAAAUGAUUUGAAUUAAGGCUGAAAAUACUAGCAAGUUUUCUCCUAAUGCUCAAGUAUUGUUCUUUUCUCAUGUGAAUGGGAUUUAGGUAAUGAAAGACAUACUGUAUAAAGAAUGAUAUUGACCCUUUACACAUCAGUAAGUAUAUUCUCCAUACUGUUCUCUGUACAUUUCUUACAUGUACAGUGCCAAGA